AAUCGGUCUUCUUUGCCACGUUGAACACACUGGCAACAACUCCAAAUUUUCUCUGUUCAUCAGGUUGGAACAUGAUGAAGAUCGCUUGCCUAUUACUGGCCCUUGUGGCUACAGCCCUUUCUGAAGAGAUCACGGAAGAUAAUGGCGUCCUUAUUUUGACGAAUGGUAACUUCAAACAAGCUACUACUGACAACGAAUUCGUCCUGGUUGAAUUUUAUGCCCCCUGGUGCGGCCAUUGCAAAGCUUUGGCGCCAGAAUAUGAAAAGGCAGCUGCAACACUCAAAGAAUCUGGCUCGAAAAUCAAAUUGGGCAAGGUUGAUGCAACCGUUGAGUCUGACCUUGCACAGCAAUACAAAGUCCAGGGAUACCCAACCAUCAAAUUUUUCAGAAGUGGAAAUGAUAUUGAGUAUUCUGGUGGUCGUACUGGCCCUGAAAUUGUCAACUGGUUGGAAGUGAAAACUGGCCCACCAUCCAAGGAUCUUGCCACUGCUGAUGAGGCUAAGGAAUUCCAGGAGAAACAUGACGUUGUUGUCAUUGGUUUCUUCAAGGACCCAGCCUCUGCUGACGCCAAACUGUUCAACGAGGUUGCCAGCUCCAUGGACGAUGUCCGGUACGGAAUCACAUCCCAGGAUAGUGUCUACACUCACUACAAAAUGGAUCAGGAUGGUGUCAUCCUCCUGAAGAAGUUUGAUGAGGGACGCAAGGAUCACGACGGUAAAAUGGACAAGGAGGAACUCACCAAGUUUGUUAACGAGAACAAACUGCCCCUUGUUGUUGAAUUCACCCAGGAAAGUGCCCCCAAGAUCUUCGGUGGUGCGAUCCAACAGCACGUGCUCUACUUCCUCAGGACAAAGGAUGCAGACAAGGAAGAAAGACUUGCAGCUUUCAAAGAAGCAGCUACACCAUUCAAGGGAAAAGUUCUGUUCAUCUACUUGGACACCAGCGAGGAAGACAACAAGAGAAUCAUGGAAUUCUUCAGCCUGGAGGAGAAGGAUGUGCCAGCUAUCCGAUUCAUUCAUCUUAAGGAUGAAAUGACCAAAUACAAGCCACCAACACCUGAUCUUGAUGCUGCAUCAGUCAAGGCUUUCGUCCAGGACGUUGUUGACGGCAAGGUUUCACCCCAUCUUGCCAGCCAGACCCUUCCAGAAGACUGGGACAAGGAGCCAGUCAAGGUGCUUGUUGCUGAUAACUUCAAUGAAAUAGCCAAGGAUCCCAAGAAGGAUGUUUUUGUUGAAUUUUAUGCACCGUGGUGUGGUCACUGCAAACAGCUUGCACCCAUCUGGGACAAACUGGGUGAGAAAUACAAGGAUAGUGAAACAGUCGUUAUAGCUAAAAUGGAUUCUACUGCUAAUGAGUUACCUGACGUUAAGGUACAGAGCUUCCCUACCAUCAAAUUCUUCCCCAAGGGCAGUGAUAAGGUGGUUGACUACAAUGGUGGCCGAAACUUUGAAGACUUCGAUAAAUUCUUGGAAUCUGGCGGCAAAGAAGGAGCAGGAACACCUGAUGAAGAUAAGACUAAAACCAAAGAAGAGGAAGAACCAGAAGAGCCUGAAGAUGCCGGAAAGACAAAGGACGAGUUAUAAAUGUUCACCAACUUAGCUUUUUAAAAUUGUCAAUUUCAGUAGUAAGGAAAUCACUUGUAAAGUUUUUCAAUUUAGACGUUUUGGACCAGUCGUAUCGGACGUUGUCAAACCUAGUAUGUUCACAUUCCUUUUGCAUUGUUCAUUGUCAUGGAAAUAGAAUGGGGAUAUCUUUUCGGGCUGGGAUCCCUCCAGAACAGACUAUCUAUGUAUAAAUCAUUUCUCGCAGAUCUUCCGGCAUAGUCUGAUCUGGAGAACAAGAAAGCACCCCGAGGACUCCUGGUGUUCACUCUGUCCAAGUCCUGUUAGGUUAAAUUCAGAAUGAAGUUGCCACACAAAAGAGAUCCCGUAUUGUUCAGUCUAAAUGUCAAAGAUUUCUUAUGUGACGUGAGAUCAUCUUGAGUCCUUGGAAGUUGUGUAGCUGCAAUGUUGUUUUAAUACAGUAUUUUAGAGUAACAGAACUUUUAUUAGUUUUGUAUAAAAAAAAACAAGAUAAUGUUAACGCAAGCAUCAGUUAUUGUGCAUGUAUUUAUUUACACCAUGUUUUAGGGUUGUGUGCUUUGUAAUGCAUAAAAUAUUUAAGUUGGUUUUGCGGAGUUGCUCAUCCUUGUCUCUCACUUGCUUUAACUUCUUUGUUAAUAGUCAACACUUGACUAUCAUGAUCAUUUUGUAUCCCCUGAUUGUUCACUCGGAGAUAAUCCCAUUUGUUGUCGGCAGUGACUUUAUCUUGUAUCAACCUGACGAUCUAUAAAUGUAACACUACAGAUGUGGUUCUUUAGAGCAUUUUAUUAGAAACUGCACUUGUUCUUGGAGUGAUCUGUUAAAUAAGAUAUUUUUGUUAGGUCAUAAUGUUCAAUUAUGCUACUCCCUACGUUACGAGUGUAUUGUGCCUCCCAUGGCAUUUUUCUUUAUAGAAAACGCUUCGGUUGGCCUUGGAUGUCAAAGGCCAUGGAACUCCUCGGCCAAGUUACAAAAAUAUACUCCCAGUUCAAAAGGUACUUGGUAACAUGUCCAAUUUGUUAAAACAUCUUGGCUAAAAUCCUCAUGAAGAUCAUGUAAUUGAAAGCGGAGGCUUAUUGCUCAGUGUGUUCUUUAUUUUGGCUGUGUAUGACGGGAAAUCUCGUCAUGUUUUAAAAUCAAUUGGAGCAGUGAAAGAAAGAUCCAAUGGAAUAAAUUUAUUAAUAAAAAAUA